AAUCUUCCCCUAUCUUUUUUUUUUUGGCAUCAAAUCUUUGCCUAUAGAAACUUAAAGUAUCUUUGAAAUUUUAUACUAUUAAUAUGGUGAUAAUAGUUAAUUUUAAUAUCUAAAAGAUAUAUAAACUAAUAAAAGUGAAAAAGUGACGAAUUAAUACCUGAGAAAAGUGUCAGAAUCUCUUUAUAAAAGGACAAUCCUUCUUAUUUUCAUUGUCUCUCCUAUUUUUCUUUAUUAUAUCAUUUUUUUUGUUCAUGUAUACCUUAUAUACUCCUGCUGCGUGUACUCUCACUAGUAGUCUAUUAAGUGCGCUAUUACAGAGGUCUUUUUAGUUAUAUUUUUUUUCUUCUGAGAAGAGCCUAUGCCGAUUGGUCAGAAAAUUCCGACUUGGGCUGCCGCUCCGGUUACCAUUGCCAUCUUGGCCUUGGUUUCAUAUCAGACUCUAUUUGCGCCGUACAAUAUAGAGGGCACCAAAAACGAUUUACCAAUGGCUAAGACCAUUCCAAUUCCUGUUAAUGCACCAGAGAGCCUCGAAUUUGACCCACAAGGAGAAGGUCCUUAUGCUUCUGUCGUGGACGGUCGUAUUCUCAAAUGGCGUGGCGAUGAUCUCGGCUGGGUUGAGUUUGCCCACACAUCUCCUCACAGAGAGAAUUGUUCAAGCCAUAAAGUAGUGCCUGCUUGUGGAAGACCAUUGGGACUUAGUUUUGAGAAGAAAACAGGAGAUCUAUACAUAUGCGAUGGUUACCUAGGGGUCAUGAAGGUUGGACCUCAGGGAGGAUUGGCCGAGUUAGUUGUGGACCAGGCUGAAGGUCGCAAAGUUAUGUUUGCGAACCAAAUGGAUAUUGAUGAAGAGGAAGAUGUCUUCUACUUCAAUGAUAGUAGUGACAAGUAUCAUUUCAGGGAGGUGUUUUUCGUUGCUGCCAAUGGUGAGCGGUCGGGAAGAGUGAUCAGAUAUGAUAAGAAGACGAAAGAGGCCAAAGUUGUUAUGGACAAUCUUCGUUGUAAUAACGGUUUGGCUCUAAACAAAGACAGGUCUUUUCUAAUCUCUUGCGAGUCUCCCACAGGUCUGGUCCAUCGAUAUUGGAUAAAGGGUCCUAAAGCCGGGACCCGUGAUAUCUUCUCAAGGGUUCCUGGUUACCCUGAUAACAUCCGGCUGUCACCAAGUGGAGACUUUUGGAUCGGCAUACACAGCAAGAAAUCUCCAUUGGGGAGAUUGGUAAUGGCGAACAAAUGGCUUGGGCAAUUGGUGGAAAAGACAGUGAAUUUGGAGUUGUUGGUUGCUUGUCUGAACGGAUUCAGACCGCAUGGAAUGGCGGUGAAAAUCUCCGGAGAGACAGGUGAGAUUCUUGAGAUAAUUGAGGACAAAAAAGGGAAGACAAUGAGAUAUAUAAGUGAGGCUUAUGAGAGGGAAGAUGGAAAGAUAUGGUUUGGGUCUGUGUUUGAGCCAUCCGUUUGGGUUCUUGAUCGCAAGUAACUCUGUUUUGUUGUACGCAGUGAUGUGUUUUCGGUGAAGUAUUAAUAAAUACUUUUUUGUGUGUGUUUUGAACCAAAGUUUCCACAAUACAUUGUUGGAUUAUCCGAAAUGAAACUCCAAGUUCUGUUACUAGUGUGAGCAUAUCCAUUGCAGCUCCGCAGUUAUAUGUGUAACAGCUCUAAACUCCGCUCUAGUAAAUGACCUUGAAAUCUCUGUUGUUUUCUUUCAAUACCAUGAAAUUAUUG